AUGCCGAGCAUUUUUGGAAAGAUCCAAGCCAAGAUCGAGCUCUAUCGACUUGAGCAACGUUACACGCGCAACCGGAACCGGCGCUCGACCUUCAUCAGCAACGCCGUCUAUGUCGACGGCGAAUACGUCUACAACACCCCCAACAACACGGGUUCGUCCACCAACAGCUCAGCCAUGUCAGCAUCCAUUGAAGAGCAGCAACGCCGCAGUCUGGAAGAAGCCCGCUCUCCGCACCACGAUAUGGACAUGCCGCCAGCGCAGAAGAAGCGAUUGAACAGGUUCUCGUCGAUGCCCGGCUUUGGAUCCCUGUCAAAAGCUAGCUCGCGCAGCUGGAGACCAAGCGAAGCCGACGUCAACGAAGUGCGGUAG